CAAUUAGUUUAAACACUUGGCUUUUGGCUGGCUGAAAAAUAAUUGAUUUCUAAACAUCGAGGAGUUGAGAGCUUCGUUCUCUAGGUGGUGGCCGAGACCUCGUAGCAAUGCCUGAGAGGUAGCUCCCCAGACAUGCUUUGGGCCACUCUGUUCCUUAUCAAUGGAGCAAGUUUUGUUGGGUCUAUGCCAUCAGCAGGAUCACCAGAAAAUAUAACCAUAAUGUUCCUCAGUCCAACGUCAGUCAAAGUGUCGUGGCACACGUCCAUAGACCAUGUAGAGAAGUAUGAUGUUACCUACAAGCCAACAGACGCCAGGGUAGUGGCAGUAGUCGCAGGCAACUCAGAUUCCGUCACGCUGAGUGGUCUGAUGGCCGACACGCAGUACCAGAUCACAGUGACGGCCGUGCGCGACGGCAAGAAGUACAAGAGCAGACCCAUAGUGUUCAGAACGUUAGAGUUACCCAGAACGAACGAGGUACAAAUCACACCCCCGGGGGUCAGAGGGGGGGGCCCGCGAGGAGUGCCCCCCCUUACCAACAUGCCCCCAACUUAUAUACAGGUGCGUGGGGUGGAGGUGGGCAUUGUAGUGCUAGUAUUGAUGGUCUGGGUAGCAGCCAUCAUUUUGUUCUUCAACCGCUGGGGGAAGAUCCGAAUGCUGCUACCUUAUCAACCAGACUACAAGGAGACCCAACUCAAGGUGACCAAGGUGACUGCAUCAGAGGUGCCGGGUACUGGAGCCUGUGCUGCCGCCCAAGCAUGCCAGAGCACCCAAGGCAACACCUUCUGUUGCUCACAGAUUUGCUCGUGCCCUAUUUGCAGCAAAAGAAAAUUUAGCUGCGGAGGAAAGCCAUUCCCAGUUCAAGAGGAGGGGUCCAAUCCUCAGGAAAAACAAGAUAUUUUUGACACUCAGAGACACCUCCAUCACUUCGGGAUGGAUGACCCGGUUCCAGGCUGGAGAUCCCGAUUGUCUCGGUCUCGUAUCAACUCUGCCGUUUACAUUGCGCACUCGUCAGCAGAGAGGGAUCCUCUAGUGCCGCCUGAGCACGCAGUCACCAUGCGUCGCACAGUCAGUGCGGGUAACUUACGGGAGCGCGACCAUGACAGCCGAGAUUGUGACUUCACGCGGCAAGACUCUGAGCCUGCGGGACAUCGUUUUGAACUACCCGUCCUCUCCAUCUCUGAAGCCUCGGAGAAACCUUUUGUUGAACAACACUUGUAGAAACUUACAACAUUGAGUGGUAGAAAAACUCAACUAAUUAAUUUUUUAAUA